AUGGUGUCCAGGCAGCCGGGCAUGCAGCUGUUGUGUCCUCUGCCUUAUUCAGCUCUCAGCUCAAUCCUCGUCCCCCAACCACGCAUUCAGACGUCCUCUUCCCUCUGUCUGUGUCCCAGCCCUGCAUUGAAGAGAUUACAAGGAAGCAGCUUGCCAGGGGCAGGCAGCUGCUGUUUCCUACAGCUCGCGGCCGUUUUGGGGGGAAACGGCAGAAGGAUGCCGUGGGGGAGAGCUGGCUCGGCGGCCCUGUUGCUGCUCUCGGGCAGAAUCAUCCCACGGGCCAAGUCCAGAAAUCCCAGCCCCACCGAGAUGAGCGUGGAGCCCUGGGCCAGCCCGCAGGACCAGGCAGCCGCUGAAGACACACAAUCCACGCACUCGCCAUCCUCCCAGGAUCAGGAGCAGCACCCCGACAAACUCUGCCUGGACUCGUUCUGGAGUGAGGUGGAGACCAUUAGACAGGGGAGUGGCUACACAGACCUCGACUGCACCAGGAGAGACUCCAAACAGUCAGACGAGGGGGAACAGGAGGAGCAGUGGCUGGCUGAUGCUGGUUUGUCAGACCUCAUCAAUGAGGACGGCGAUGAUGUAGAAAAAGCAGUGAUUCUGUCCACUCUGACCCGGACACAAGCUGAGGCUGUCCAGCGUCGACUAGAAUCCUACACACUAUCUCUGCGUAAAAGGAACAAACCACCACCACGGGACGUCCGAGACGUCUUUAACUCCCCCAUCACUCAGACCCUCCUCCCUGAGCCCCAGCAAAGCGAGGAUCUACCCCAGGACAGCAUGGCAACUGUCACCAAAACACCGCUAUCAGCUGUGACUCCAGAGCAUCAGCGAGGAGCUCCCAAAGAAGAAUUCUUCAUCACUGAUGUGGCUUACUGUGAACAGGCUGUCAUCUUCCUCAAACAGGCCAAACUGCCACAGAAUAAAAUCCUCCGCAGGAAAGAGGACGGCACUUUGCCGCGGGUCAUCUGCCCAAAGUGUCGACUAGGAGUGACUCGUAUUCAGGAUCUCUCCCACGCUGACAUGAAGAAAGUGCGUCAGUUGGCUCUCAUUGACAUGACGGCGCUGUGUGACCUCUUAGGGCUCGAGGUCAAAAGACACAAAACCAGCAAGAGGAAAAUCUCAGAGAGUUCACUCUUCGGGGUGCCGCUGGCCACGCUGCUGGAGAAUGAUCAGAAAAUGAAGAACAACACAUCUACUCCUCUCUUCCUGCAAGCGUUGUUGUCGUUUUUGGAGAAGAAAGGAGUCGAUUCAGAGGGGAUCCUGCGGGUUCCAGGAUCUCAGUCCAGGAUCAAGCUGCUGCAGCAGAACUUGGAGACAAACUUCUACUCAGGGCAGGUCAGCUGGGACGAGGUGAGUCCAAACGACGCUGCCGCGCUGCUCAAGAAGUUCAUCCGGGAACUGCCAGCUCCUCUGCUCACCGCCGAGUACCUCAACACCUUCAGUGCUGUCAAAGACAUCACAGACCUGAAGCAGAAGCUCCACAUGUUGAACCUCCUCGUCCUGCUGCUGCCUGAGCCCAACAGGAACACGCUGAAGGCCCUCCUGGAGUUCCUUAAUAAGGUAGUUUCCAGGGAGAAGAGGAACAGGAUGAACCUGUGGGCUGUGGCAACCAUCAUGGCUCCAAACCUCUUCCUUCAUAAGGCCGUCCCAAGCAGAUUGACUGAGGGUGCAGAGAAAGGACACGCUGAGAAGGCAGCUGAUGUUAUGAGGCUCCUAAUCCGCUACCAGGAGCUGCUCUGGACGAUUCCUAACUUUCUCAUGAAUCAAGUACGUAGGCUGAAUGAAAAUAGUAACAGGCGUUACCAGUUCUACGAUCGCCGCAUCAAGAACUUGCUGAGGAAGAUCCACACUGACAGCCGGGAAAAACCCGACAAAAACACCUCAGAGCCAUGUCGUACGGUGAAGAUCCAGGUCGGGGAUCAAGUGAGCGGCACCAUGGAGUUCAAGCUGAACAUCAACUCUCGAGCUUCAGACCUGCUUGCUCAGUUUCACCGCCAGUGCCUCCGCAGCCCUGAUAAUGGAAAGGGCAAAAUACGAAGAAACGGCUCAGUGGCGUACCCUGACUGCGCUUUAUAUGAAGUGGGAGGAAAUAUCGGUGAACACUGCCUGGAUCCAGACACACACCUUCUGGAUCUGUACAACAGUAACCACGGAGGAGAGUGGGUCAUCAAGCUGAAACCCAACGCCGGCAGAGUCCUGUGAAGGACAGAUGGACAGAUCGGUGAAAAACUUUGCUGAAGAAGGACAAAGGCAGGAUCUAAAAAAGAUGAAAUCCACACGGGCCUCUGUUCUGCUCUGCUCCUUUUCCUCCUCGGAGCAACAAGCGAGCAGGAGACAGAUGGAGGAAGCAGAAACAGAGAGAUGGAGAAUCUGCCAGGAGCAGAAAAACUGUCUAUGAUCACAUGAACACACACUGCCCUCUACCUUCCUCUCUCCCCGUUUCUUCUUUUCUCUCCAUCAUCACUCUCCUGCAGUACCGUGGGGCUGCGAGCAAAAAGCUGCUGACGUGACUCAUUACUUCCGACAGAGAACCUGCUACACAGAAAAAAGAAGCAAGAGUGAACGGCCGGGCGGUUUGAUUCGCCCUUUUUUUAUUUAUCUCUGACCAUGACAAGCAGAUGGGGAUGCAGAGCACCUCUGGCUACAGAGAGCUCGAGCCCCACCCCCUAUUCUCAGGCCAGCCAGGCAACGGGAUUCAUGUUCUGAGUUUCAUUCUUAAAUGUUACACAGAAAGACAAAUGAUGCAAAGAUUUCUACCUAAAUUCUUAGCUAAAGUCAUACUAAACUGAAAUUUGUUUGUGACCUCAUUCGGCAUCUUAAGCUGUAGUGUUUAAACCUUUCAGUGUAGAGACUGCACACUGAUGGGAGAUGGAGUUAUUGAGCCUUAGCGGUCAUUUCACAUCACAUUAAAUCAGCGGUUCUCAACUGGUCAAGCCUCAGGAGACACCUCCACCUCUUCAAUGACAAAUCAUGACCAAGAAUUCUGGAAAAUGUUAACCUCUCAAAUUUAUUUCAUGAAAAACGUUGCAGCUUGGAAUAAAACAUGACUUAGCAAAGAGACAGGACAAGACAAAAAAUGCAUCAUUACAGAAGCCCAGGGAUGACAUACAUGCAUACAUUGUCUUUCCAUUUCCAGUUCUCACAUAAUGUGGUUGUUUAAUAGAAGUCUCCAAAAAUUAAUACACAAGUAUGAAAAAAGCAGUUUUUGUAUGCAAAGAUAUUGAGAUAAAUAUGUCAGCAUCCUGUAGGGCUAAACAGUUAAAUGAAAUAUACAAAUGUAUGUCCCUACAUCAUAGAUUUUUUUUGCAACAUUUCCACUGAAAACAGCUCCGUCACCCUCUUUACAUCCUGACCCGCCAGCUGAAAACAACUGCUUUAAAUGACCAACCGUCAAGAAGUGCAUUAAAAUGCAGCACAAUAAUCAGCUGUCUGCCAUAACCAGGCACCCUACAAUUCAGACUAAUUUAUAGACAGAAGGCCAACUUUGUAUUACUUUGAGUUUGAGUUUAGAUGGAAUCAUUUAUAAUUCUGGACACCUCCUUGUAUUUACCUCGCUGCUUUACCAUUUAAGUACAUACUUAAAAUGGUCGAAGGAAGGGAUGCAUCUGUUUUGCAUCAUAUCAGCCAAGAUGAGCCUUCUUAUUAGAAAAUAAUGUUUAUCUAUUGUGUUGCUGCAGAUUAAUGCUGCUGUCUGGCACAGCCAACUCCUGAUUCAGAGGCUUUUUAUUUAAAGCCAGUCUGACUGCAGAUUGUUAAUUUUUGAAGGCCACUCUCACAGACUGUUCAUCUAACAUGCUUAAACUUUCAAAAUAAAAUCACAUUACACUUCUGUUUAGGUAAGGUUAAAGGUAACAGUAGCAAACCAAAAGUUAAAAGUUAAAAUCCUGACGUGCAAAACCUGAUUAGAAAAAGUUUAAUAAAGCUGAGUAAACAGUCUGUUUACAGGAAAAUAGCUCAUCCACCAUGAAAACAUUGUAGCACAGCCAGCAUAACUUGUGUAGCUCCAUUAGCUGAAUAAGUUACGGAGCUAACGGAGCUAAGGCUAUGCUCACAUAUCUGCGUUUCUAAGCUCACAUUGCUACAGCUAAGUUAGCUACAUUGGCUUUUGAAGUAAUGUUAAUUAUGUAGAUAGCUUAGCUUUGUUAGCUAAAGCUAACAUUAUUUUUUCAUGAUUUUAAUUAUCAGACGUUUCUAAAUAAAGUUGAAUAAAAAAAAAAAAAGAAUUAGAACUGGAAAUCAGGCAAAUUACGGCACUUCCUUUCUGAGAGGAGUGAUCUGUGAGAGCAGCUGUCAGAGAUGUACAAUCUGCAGCCAGAAGUCUCGCUUCUAUUUCCCAGAAGCAAUGACUUGUUGGCACUUAAUGAGACUUGCAAGAAAUAAAAAGAUUAAAAGUCAGUCAAAUUGUUAUUUUAAAAAUUGAUUUUUCACAAUCGGUGCAUCUUUAGUUUUAUUGACAUGUAGACAUACAGAAGAAAUCUACUUGGGAAAUCCAUGCAUUUCUGAUUCUACUACUACAGUCACAGAAAGCUGUUUUCAGUUCAAUUGAUGCUGUAGAUCACUCCACACAUGUAAACAUGAUGACCUCAGAGCAUUUAAAUUGUACUCAAGUAGGAAUCUUUUGCAUCCUAUCCUUUUUGAAGAAACACAAAUCAUCAAGAACCAGUAGCAAAAGCAAACAACACAAGCUGACCUGAGAAUGGUGCAGGCUUUCAGCUCAGUUACUACCUGAACAAUCAGUUAAAUCAGCUGAGCCAUCCUCCUCUCUGCUCUCCCUGUUGACCUUUCCCAGCCGACACUCUUGAAAAAACAAACAAACAAAAAAAAACCUCUGUGUGUCUGCUCCUUUCUUCUCCUGUGCCAUUCAAGAGGGAACGACACUCUGAUGAACUGAUCUUAUCUGUGAAACCUGCGAUCUCCUGGGCCUUAUAAAAAAAUCCAUGGACUUCCAAGGACCCCUGACCUAAAAAGAACGGUGCUCAAAGAGUCUUUUUUUUCUUUAUGAUACCGAGGGCUUUGGUGUCACCACCUCGGGGACAGUUGCUGCACCUCUAAAGGGAGUUGUUGAGGACACAUGGUGAAGCUGGUCUUCAGUUCAUUUUUAAACACUACG